UCUGUGUCGUCAUGGCUGUGGGUGGCGUGUGGCAUGUCAUGGUGGCGGUGGUCGUCGUCACGUGCGUGGCCAUGGCUGGCCUGGCAGACGGCGCAGACUGUGGCCUGGGUGAUGUGGAUCUGUCAGCCUUUCAGAACGGUGGUAAGGGCUACGAGGCCAAGGACGGUGAUAAGUUUACAUACCUGCUGGCGGUCUGUGAGGCCCUGGCCGUCUCCGAGUGUACCUCGCCAGCAAACGUGGCUCUCUGCCAGGAGUGGGACGGCGGCUCCAAGCAGCUUGGCCUCAACGAGCCGACCUUUGCCAAGGCUACCUCGGGUGAUGGCGUGGUCAUGACCCUACCUGAUGGCGCCAUGUCUGGCACGUGCGGCAAGGCCAACGUUGGUAAGAUCACCUUUAACUGCGACCAGUCGGUCACCUCGGCUCCAAGCUUUGUCUACGGCGAGACCACGGAUUGCGUCACCACCAUCUCGGUCUCACACUGCAACGCCUGCGCCGGCGGAUGCUCGUCGUCGACUUCGUCGGGUUCGUCGUCGACAACCGUUACGAGCUCGUCAACGUCGGCCACGGGAUCGUCAUCGACGACGCUUUCGGGGUCAUCGUCGACGACCGCCACAGGAUCAUCGUCGACGACCGCCACAGGAUCAUCGUCGACGACCGCCACAGGAUCAUCGUCGACGUCUGUUACGGGCUCGUCAUCAACGACGUUGUCAAGUUCGUCAUCGACAACUGCCACGGGAACGACAAGUCCGAGUACCUCCAAGACCAGCUCUGGGACAAGCUCUGGAGACAGCACGACCAACUCGCCGGUGCCGGCGCCGACCAAGCCGACGAUUUCGAACGUUGGCGCCAUCUUUAUUGGCAUUGGCGGCGGCGUGCUGGCGCUGGCCGGCUGCGCCUGCGGCGUGUACAUGAUUGUGCAGUACACCAAGAUGCGUUCCAAGUACGGCGCGUUGCCGUCGUCGGGCUCGCUGGCAGCCGCGGGCGGGAUCAACUACACGCCUGCGUUCGAGUCGCUCUUUGAGCUCUGCCGCGACGACAUCAACCCGGAUCAGGUCUCAGCCAUCAAGGUCUCGCGGUUUAUGCGGCGACUGCCGUCGAUUCCACAGCCGACCGCGACCAAGCUGUGGCGGCUGGCCGACGUUCGCCGCCGUGACGAUCUUACUCGUGAGCGCUUCUUCCUUGCCAUGCAGCUCAUCUCGCAGUACCAGCGCGGCCAGACUGCAACCGUGGUCGAGGUCAACCGCAUCGGGCCCGAAAACGUGCCACCACCGCUUGUCGAGAACUUCCCUUCAAAGGCCAAGGCCAAGUCAAAGGCCAAGGCCAAGUCCAAGUCCAAGUCCAAGUCCAGGUCGCGCCCACCCAAGUCCAAGCCGGCGAGGCUGUAUGACGAUGACGACUCGGACUCGUCCGACUCGGACUCGUCGUCGUCGUCUAAUGCUGCACCGCGCUCGCGCCGGUCGGUCAAUGAGGCCCAGCCGCUGCUCAAGGGCAAGGGCAAGGGCAAGAGCAAGGGCAAGGGCAAGGGCAAGGGUAAGGCCGAGUGGAAGAAGGCCCACACUGCCGACGGCAAGGUCUACUACUACAACACAGAGACCAAGGCCACAUCAUGGACCAAGCCGUAAAGGGUGUUACUCUCAG